GAAGGGGCCAGUCCCGUGGGGCGGUGCCGCUGCUGCUGCCGCCGGGGCUUCCGGGAGCGCGGCGGCAUGGAGCCAUCGCUGGUGGGGGAGGAAGAGGAGGGGGGCGGCCGCUUCCGUGCCAGCGAGCACCAGCACGCUCGUUAUAACCCGCUGCGGGACGACUGGGUGCUGGUGUCAGCCCACCGCGUGAAGCGCCCCUGGCAGGGGCAGGUGGAGAAGCCACCCCCUGAGGAUGUGCCCCGCUGGGACCCCAAAAAUCCCCUCUGCCCCGGGGCCACCCGGGCCAACGGCGAGGUGAACCCCCAGUAUGAGGGCACCUUCGUCUUCCCAAAUGACUUCCCUGCGUUGCAGCCCGAUGCUCCUGAGCCUGGUGACAGUGAUCACCCCUUGUUUCGAGCUGCAGCAGCCCGGGGUGUGUGCAAGGUGAUGUGCUUCCACCCCUGGUCGGAUCUGACGCUGCCCCUCAUGUCCCUGGCAGAGAUCCGGGCUGUCAUCGACGCGUGGGCAGAACUGGCGGCUGAGCUGGGUGCCUCCUACCCCUGGGUGCAGAUCUUCGAGAACAAGGGAGCGAUGAUGGGCUGUUCCAAUCCACACCCCCACUGCCAGGUGUGGGCCAGCAGCUUCCUCCCAAAUGAGGCACACCUGGAGGACCGGACCCAGCGGCAGCACCUGACCCAGCACAGCGUGCCCAUGCUGCUGGAGUAUGCUGAGCAGGAGGCUCUCCGAAAGGAGCGGCUGGUGGUGGAGAAUGCGGACUGGCUGGUUGUGGUGCCAUACUGGGCCACCUGGCCCUACCAGACCCUGCUGCUGCCCCGCCGCCACGUCUGUCGCCUCCAGGAUCUUCGUGAGGACGAGAGGGACAGUCUGGCCUCCAUCAUGCAGAGGCUGCUCAUCAAGUACGACAACCUCUUUGAAGUCUCCUUCCCCUACUCCAUGGGCUGGCAUGGAGCACCCACGGGCCCCUACCUGGAGGAGGACUGCAGGCACUGGCAGCUCCAUGCUCACUACUACCCCCCGCUGCUCCGCUCCGCCACCGUCCGCAAGUUCAUGGUGGGCUAUGAGAUGCUGGCGCAGGCGCAGCGGGACCUCACCCCGGAGCAGGCGGCUGAGCGCUUGAGGAGCCUCCCCGAGGUGCACUACAAGCAGAGAACCAAGGAGACAUCGUGACGGGGAGUAAUGGAGCUGGCCCUUAGCUCUGCUGGGUGUUGUGGUUCCCCCCAGUCUCCAUCCCUAUCCCAGGCUGUGUCUUCCCGGCUCUGCAGCAUGCUUGUACCAGCACUAAAGGGCUCACCCUCCUCCCAGUCCAGUAUUACUGGGUGGGACUGGGAGUGCUGCUGGCCCCGUGGAGGGGCACAGCUCUGCAGGCCAAUAAAACCUGGAAGUAA